GUGAAUGGCGGUAGUGCGAUUUGUACCAAUCUCGAAGUAGGAAGCGCGAUCUGUGAACGGUGACAGUGAUAUACACAUAGAGAGUUGGUUGGAGUAAAAAAAACUGUUGACGGAAAAAAAGCAAAUAAAAGAAAAAGUAAAAUGUCUAAACGCUAAUGAAAGUAAGUAAGUGGCUUUGCAGCGUUCACCCGGUUUUCACCUGGGCGUAGUCCUCGUAAUCGGCACGUUUCACUUUCGUUUUCAAUGAUGGAGGAUAACAGUGCAAGGUUAGCUGAGGACGGCUAUGAGGUGGUUAAAGCCUUGUACGAUUUUAAGGCCACAUUCGCCAAGACUCUCAGUUUUCGAGUAGGCGAACAUUUUAUUUUACUGCAACGUAAUAUCAAGCAAAAGAAUUGGUGGCAAGUUGUAAAUAGAGGAGGACAUUUGGGUUACAUACCAUCCAAUUAUGUUACCGCUGUAAAGGUGCAGCCUCAGUUUGUAAUUGAUUUCUUGGAAGAUUGUAUACUAACUUUGGAAACAGAAAUUAGUAAAUAUAGUGAUUCAUUGCAUACCGAUAAACACGAUUUACUAGCAAAGUUAAUAGAAAAGAAGAAGCAACUCGAGCAAGGUAAAAAAUCUAAAAGACAAGCGCCUAAACCACCAGACUUAGAAUGUAACGUUACAUCCAAAGAAACAUAUUCCAUGACUGUCAGUGACAAUAUUGAAGCAGAUGUCAGAUCAGCACCAAGUAAUACCUCUUAUGCAACGGCACAAAGCACUUUUCACAAUAAUGCAAAUGCAGAUACUAUUCAAGCAAGUACACAACUACCUGAGAACGAACGUGCGCAACCACUUCCUCGUCAGUCGUCCUCAGACACUGUGCAGAAAGUCGAGACACAAAUAACGGAAGUUCGUAAAAGCUGCUCUCAAGGUAGCAUAAAAAAGGAAUGCAGUAGCUCGCCAGCUAAAACCAGUUCGCCCGCCAAGAACAAUUCGUCAUUACAAGCCAUAAACUCACGAAACGCUUAUCAACUACUUGAUCAAGUGCGCAAAAAUACUCAACUAAGUCAUGAUAUGUCAAAGGUGGCAGUCACAGUUGUUGUAUCUGGCCUUCGGCAAAUGCUGCCGGAUGCUGUAAGUCAUUAUUUUGAUGCUUUGCUGCAUCAGCUACAAACACCACUGACUGUGUCAAAAAUGAGUAUAGAAGAAACUUAUGACGCUAAUAGAUUGAAAAUAAUUUUUACUGAACUGACUUCAUGUAAGGAAGAUUCGCAGCAAAGAAGUUGGAUGCUUCAUGAAGAUGAAGCUAUUAUCGUAGAAUAUAUUAAAGAAUUGACUGAAAUAUUGACUAAUGCCGAUGCAAAUGUAUCGAAAUAUAUUUUGAGACAAGAUCGAUAUAAUGGAGUAACAAUAUUGGUACAGUAUUAUCAGAUGGAGACAAGAUGGACUAUUAGACAAUUAUUGUUGCAAUCAUUUGGAGUUAUGUGCAGUUUGGAUGCAGUGGUUCUAACUAUAAUGUUAAAUAGUAUUUUACCAAUGGAACUAGCAAGAGAUAUGAGAAGUAAUCCCAGAAAUGUAUUGAAAUUAAAUUAUUCUUCUUUGCUACUUACGAUGAUCUUUUCAAUGGGUGAACCUAUGCCAGUCACGCAUUUGGAACAACUUGGUCCAGACUUUAUAUCGUUCCUUCUAGACCUAAUAGAAACACCACCUGACACAGAUUUAGAGGAUCAGAUCCCAGACUUGUUCGUAAAUUUAAUAUUAUCCUACAAUCUGCAAUUUACAACUUCUGAGAAUAUAGUUCUAAAUGCCUUACGUGAACGGACUGUGGCCAAGACAUUCACUGAAAAAAUUUUAUUCCUUUUUAACAGAGAAGAGGAUCCGGUACGAAUAUUUGAUCACGAGCCGCAACCGCCGCACUCUGUGUUGAAACUCUUUAUCGACUUGUUUAGUAAUGAUGCCAUAGCAAGUCUCUUUUACACCAACGAUGUGAAAGUUCUCGUCGAUAUUAUACUGCGACAACUCUUCGAUAUGUUCCCGGGUGAUAAGCGUAGACAAUAUUUAGAGCUUUGUCGCCGAGUCCUGCGCACAUCAAAGUAUAAUGAACAUCAUCAUCGAUCUGAAGAUUUAUUAAAAUGUUUCACAAGGAUAUUUUGCGAGGAAACAUCAGAGAGUCAAGAAGAUCAGCAAAUAGUACGUGAAAUUAGCAAUGAAUUUCCACACCUGUUCAAGAUGUGACAUUUAAUUUCAUCCUCUGAACAAGAUUUGGAGGAAGAUGACUUGCAAACUCUCGUUUAAAUAUCUGAUCUUAUCAAAGGUAAAAGAGAAUCAAAUUUAUGAUAAAUUUCGUUCAUCUUUAUGACUUAUCUAUAUUUUAUUUAGUGAAAAAAAAAUAGUAAUGGCU